UCCUUCAAAGUUCUCAUUUUGGACCCCCAUUUCCCCCUCCCUCUCGUCCCCCAGCUAAAGAGGGGUAGGGAGUGAUGCAAAUGUUUUAUUACCUUUGAGAGCUUCAUCUGAACUGUCAGGCCCGAAGGGAAAAGGAGAGGAGAGAGAGGCAGUGGAAGAGCCGCGGAGAGGGUCAGCUUGGCCAGAGGACAGGACUUAGAAGAGCGAAGCCUGUAGAGCCGCGAAAAAAAUGCGAGAGAGGAGAGGCAAAGGCGGAGAUGCCCCGUGGCCCAGAGGGGAAGGCAGGUCGGCGCGCCGAAUCCGGGAGCCGCAGGGAUUGGUGGCACUGCCCUUUCUGGCGCAGAAGCCUCGGGCAGCGCUGGCGGAGGAAGCCCGCCCGGAGGCCAAAUCCUCCCGCGGGCUGGAUGCUCUCUCUCCCUCCGCGCUCCGAGCGCCGAGUGCGAAUUAACCUCGUGGCCUAAAGAGCAGGACAUCCAAGUAAGAUUGGACGAGCUCAUAGGGCGGAACCCGGCGUCCUUUGAACCUCCCCAAAGAAAAAGAGCCAGCCCCCACUCUCCCACAUCAAAGCGGAGAUUCGGUGACUCUUAACUUUGUUACAAGCUCUCUGGGGCCGGCUGGGGUUUUGUUUUGCUUAUUUCCAAGAGGGAGAAGAUGAGAAGUAGCGCACUUUGAGCGGCGAGGAAAAAGUGAGGAAGAGAGAAGAGCCCGGGAUUGAAUCCGGGACUCUAAGAGGGAAAAGAGCCCAAACCACCUGGACCCUCGCUGGUCUCGGCGAGCCACCGCCUCUCGACUGGUGUGUUUGGACAUUUCUGCUGCGCAGUUACGAGAGCAACUCUCAGCGGCUGCAUUCUUGGCCCAGUUGGCAGGUCGCCUCCUGGUGUGCGGAGCGACUCCUCGCUCGCGCCCUCGGCGCUUCUCGCUUUCCUGAGCCCCUCCGGGGGCACCGGCCGGCGCUCCCGCUGCGUGGCUGCGGGCUCCGGCCUGAUCGUGGGAUGUUAGCGGUGGGGGCGAUGGAGGGUACCCGGCAGAGCGCUUUCCUGCUCAGCAGCCCGCCCCUGGCCGCCCUGCACAGCAUGGCAGAAAUGAAGACCCCGCUGUACCCCGCCGCGUACCCCGCGCUGCCCGCCGGCCCCCCCUCCUCCUCGUCCUCCUCGUCCUCCUCGUCAUCACCCUCCCCGCCUUUGGGUUCCCACAACCCAGGUGGCCUGAAGCUCCCGGCCGCGGGGGGGCUCUCAUCCCUGGGCAGCCCCCCGCAGCAGCUCUCGGCCGCCACCCCACAUGGCAUCAACGACAUCCUGAGCCGGCCCUCCAUGCCCGUGGCCUCAGGGGCAGCCCUGCCCUCCGCCUCGCCCUCCGGUUCCUCCUCCUCUUCCUCGUCCACCUCCGCUUCCUCCGCUUCGGCCGCCGCGGCCGCAGCUGCGGCCGCUGCCGCCGCUGCCUCAACCCCAGCGGGGCUGCUGGCCGGCCUGCCCCGUUUCAGCAGCCUGAGCCCGCCACCGCCGCCGCCCGGGCUCUACUUCAGCCCCAGCGCCGCGGCCGUGGCCGCCGUGGGUCGGUACCCCAAGCCGCUAGCCGAGCUGCCCGGCCGGACGCCUAUCUUCUGGCCAGGAGUGAUGCAGAGCCCGCCCUGGAGGGACGCACGCCUGGCCUGCACUCCUCGCCGGCCGGAACCGUAUGCCCCUCCUGGGUUAAAGAGGUGGGGAGGGCAGGAGAGGCUACUGUGCUCCAGCCCGCACCCCAGCUUUCCAGUGUCCCAUGCCGAAGUCCCACUCGACCUUCGCCAGCCUGACUGGCCUCCUCUCUGCGAACCGGUGGGGACCGGCAGCGGCGAGCCCUCCUCAGCCCUGAGCCGAACGCGUGUGUUUGCAUGUACGUCUCGGUCCAGGGUGUCCCCACCUCACCUCGUCGCCCUCACCACCACGACCCUCGUCCCCCGAGUACGCUCAGCCCAGAUCAAGGAUCCAUUUUGUUGGACAAAGAUGGGAAGAGGAAACACACGAGACCCACGUUCUCGGGCCAGCAGAUCUUCGCCCUGGAGAAGACUUUCGAACAAACGAAGUACUUGGCAGGGCCCGAGAGGGCUCGCUUGGCCUAUUCGUUGGGGAUGACGGAGAGUCAGGUCAAGGUUUGGUUCCAGAACCGCCGGACCAAGUGGAGGAAGAAGCACGCAGCCGAGAUGGCCACGGCCAAGAAGAAGCAGGACUCGGAAAC